AUGGCGUUCAUGGUGAAGUCCAUGGUGGGUGGCCAGCUGAAGAACCUCACCGGGAGCCUGGGGGGCGGCGAGGACAAGGGGGAUGGAGACAAGUCUGCAGCCGAAGCACAGGGCAUGAGCCGAGAGGAGUACGAGGAGUAUCAGAAGCAACUGGUGGAGGAGAAGAUGGAGCGAGAUGCACAGUUCACACAGAGGAAGGCAGAACGGGCCACACUGCGGAGUCACUUCAGAGACAAAUACCGUCUGCCCAAGAACGAGACAGAUGAAAGCCAGAUCCAGCUGGCAGGUGGAGAUGUGGAGCUGCCUCGGGAGCUAGCCAAGAUGAUCGAGGAGGACACAGAGGAAGAAGAGGAUAAGGCCUCUGUGCUCGGGCAGCUCGCCAGCCUCCCUGGCCUGGACCUCAGCUCACUCAAGGACAAGGCCCAGACUACACUAGGGGACCUCAAGCAAUCAGCUGAGAAGUGCCAUAUCAUGUGACCACUUCCCCUGGGUUUGCCUCUAGGAUGGCCAGAGGGGCUGGU